AUGCUAAGGUCCAAUGGACUAAAAUCUCAUCACCUCACUGCGAGAGAUAAUUCUACCCUUGAUGUGUUGAUGCAGGCUUCGCUCGCUCGUAGGUGUCGUCCUGCUAUUAGAUGCCCCCAUCAUCCAAUUCAGAGUCAAAAUAUAUCUAAAUGUGUAGAGUUCGCCGUUAACGGUGAAGUAUCGGCCAGUAACGUCGUCGGCCAGAAAUCCGUACCAAACAGCUUGUGGACGCAUUUUCACCAGUCGCCAGUCUAUCCCAAUACGCCUCACUAUUCAGAUGCUUUCAUGGUCAACAUAACCCGUCUCAUCACUUAA